AUGAUUGUGUCUGCCUUCUUCAAUAACAUCAUUUACCACCUCACUGGGGGUGACCUGUCCUCGAUGCACAGUUACACCUGUAUACUCAGCCAACAACCUGUCUUCUGGCUGGGUAAUGACACCCUGAGGGUGUCUGCUGCACUGUUUGCAGAGAACCGUCACCGACUAUGCAAAGGGCUGAAAGCCAAAGACGGUGUGGUGCAGCAGUCAGUGGUUGUGCUGCAGGGAGGAGAGCAGAAGCAGAGGUACUGCACGGACACGGACCUCCUUUUCAGACAGGAGUCUUUCUUUCAUUGGGCUUUUGGAGUAACCAAGGCUGACUGUUAUGGAGCCAUCGAUGUCAGCUCUGGGAAAUCCAUCCUUUUUGUUCCCAAACUGCCUGAAAGCUAUGCUACUUGGAUGGGAGAGAUCUUUCCUAAAGAGCAUUUCAAGGAGAAGUAUGCUGCUGAUGAGGUGCAUUACACCUGUGAUGCAAGUCUUUCUGUGUUAGUGCAGAGUCUUUACAGCCAGUAUUUGUGUGUAGGUAUGUGUGUGUGUCUGUGACCUUUUUUCUGUGCG